AGCAAACUCAGGAUUGAAAAACACUGCAACACAACCCCUAGCAUUGUAUUUUCAUUUUGUAGAAAAAACCAAACGCGGCAUGAAAUUCUCUCAGAACUUCGAGAAUUUGAUGUAAAGAAAGUGACUCCUCCACCACCGAAAGCAGUUGAACUUACAAACUCGCAUUUUAAAGAUUUACAUAAAAAUGAUGUGAUUGUUAAGCGCAAGAAAGAAAAUGCGUAAGUUGAAAUCUAUAAUGUAAUCUCCGCUGAGAUUAUCCUAGGUUUUUAGAUCACGUAUACGACUACUCGACUAUUUUUUUGUCUUUAGAUUACAUAAGUGGUUGUAUUUAAGUGUUUCAAUAACACAGUUCUGAAGUUCAAUAUAAGUUUUGCUUAUAUAUUGCCGAGUAUAAAUAUGCCUUCAAUUUUACAGCAUCAAUGAUAUUAAUUGUGUUGAAAUUGACAAUUUUUAACUAUUAUUUUGUGUUUCUCAACCGCCAGAUGCAUUUAAAAAGGUUGCUGAAUGUGACAAUGUGUAAAGUAAGCUAUACAAAAUAAAGCUAAAACAAAGUAAUUUUGAGACGAACGCCAAAAGGAUUUUAUAGGUUUUGAACACUUAUAACAAACACUCGUCUUCAUCGUGUGAUUAUUUCAUUGACAUUGUGAAUAUACCUUGAUGUCGAAUUUCUCUUUUCUUCCUAGAUAUGAUAUACACAUGCGAGACUUAGAGAGCGCUCUCUCAUUCAUAUUCACGAGAGAAAUCGUUAUCAAAAAGAUUCUACACAAAGAAAAUCUGGAACGCUUUGUGGGUUUAUUGGUUCAGGUAAUAUUAUACAGUGAAAGUUCACAUCACAAUUGGCAGGAGAAAAAUCGCCGACAUGCAGAAUAGACAACUUGCAUGUUCUAACACUAAUUUUUGAUCUAUAGGCAAAAAAAGUAAAUUCUCGCAAAGAACUUAUUAAAAUUAGUAAAAUUGCAAACUUUGGUUACGAAAUGUUGUAAAUACGGAAAAUAUGGCCUUGCGAAGUUUACAUAUUUUGUAUAUGUUUGUAUUACGUGCGGAAAUUGUUACCAUUUUUGAGUCGAAAAUGGUAACAAAUUUGCAAGGCUAUAUUUUCCAAGCCUUACAACAUUUCGCAACCAAAUUUUGCAAUUUUACUAUAUCAUUAUGUUCUUUUUAGCUGUGGUGUUUGAUUCCCUUCUCUUUACUUGGAUUAAAAUUUAGUCUGACACGCAAGUUGUCCAAUGCUAGGCCUAUAGUGUGAAGUAUGAACCAGGCUUAUUAAAUCUUAACGUCUCUAAUGACGUGCAUAGCAUUUCAUUAAGAUUUUGUUGGCAUCUUAUUCGAUUGAAUAAUAGUUGAAGGAUAUUGUAGAUGGAAAAUAUAUCUACAAUAUCCUUCAACUAUAGACCCAUUGUAUUGACGUCACAAAUCCUUAGAGUGUCCUCCAGAUGCUCCCUGACAAUAUCUGCUCUGGUACAACAACCACACUCAGCGCAAAAAUUAACCAUUUAAUUACAAAAUUAUAAUAAACUUUAACGGCAAAAUUUGCUUUGUUCACAAAAGUUAUAUUAUGCAUAUAUUGCUAAUUUGUCCUCCAAAUGCAUCGUCACCGGCGCUGUGACGUUAUGUGCAAUGGGUCUAUAUAUAGUAUUUCAUUGCUUUUCUUUGCAACAAAGUCGAUAGCAGCGCGUUUAACAGCAUAUUUCUCUUCGUAGUGUUUUCCAGCUAGACCCGCGGUUAACAGAUUUCUCAAAAUACUUCACAAAUGGCUUCAAGGAAUAGUCAAAGAUAAGGACAGACCACUCAGACCUUCCGCUUUAAGAUUGUUUUAUAAUAUGCAUAAGGUAAGCUGGGUUAGAGUAUAGGGCGCAAUCUUUAAAACGGAGGCCAUUGGGGUAGGAUCUAACCUCGACUGGAAGGAGGGGUACAAGUUUUCCAUGGGGUGGUGCAUGAAGGAGCCUUACUGUCCACUCUCCUCUGCAGUCUGCAACGCUACUAUCCCAACAUUACCAUUAUUUGAGAUGGCCGAAUCUGCAUGUUCGCCGUUCUGUUACGUUUUACAUUAUCUUUUGUUUAUAUCGGGUUUUUUAUCACGUAUGCGUGACCGGACAGUUGCUGUAACACAGUACAGUAUAUUUGCCUGUAUAGCAACCUCGACAUGUUUACAUAUUUAACCAUGAUAUUUAACCAAAGCAUUCUGAGUAAUUUCUCGUGAGCUCACGCCAAAUCAAUUAAAUCGUUUCAAGAAUCGACACACGCUAACGGUACAAGUUCCGCUAACCGCUAUUCGAAACGCAGAAAAUGUAUGUUCAAGCAUAUUUUCUUAGGAUGGUGCUGGACUUCUUUAGGGGGUGCUAGACACCACUAGGUGGGGUGCGCCCCCCCCCCCCUACACCCCCACGGUAGAUCUACCCCCGGUCUAUUGAAUGGCAACCAGGGCCGCCGAGAGCUUGGCGGGGGCCCGGGGCAAACAUUUUUUUAGGGGCCCCCAUUGCAAAAAAAUUUUUCGGACAAUAAUUUCUUUUUAGGUUCGUUAUAAUUGCUUUCGUUGGACUUUUCCGCAAUUUUCCAUACCAAAUUUUGGUUCAUUCCCCCCAAAACACAAAUAUUUUGGCCCGAAAACAGAAAUAGUUCGCCCGAAAAAAUGACUGGGGCCCACUAAAUUUCUAACAUUAAAUUUCUAGGGGCCCCCAGAGCCUCGGGGCCCGGGGCAAUUUGCCCCCCCCCCCCUCUCGGCGGCCCUGAUGGCAACAGGGUCACUUUGACAACAAUCAUAUUUUCGUCCAGGCUGACAACACGUCUUUGCCAGAGAAUGUGGAAUGGCGCACAUGUCAAGGAAGUCGGCCUCAGUAUCGUGGCUACCCGUGUAGUUUGUGGAUACUAUUUCAUACACUUACUGUGAACUGUGCUACACGAGGGAUAACCAGCUUAACCGGAGCCGAUGUCCUAGCCAGGAUCCGAGGUUACGUGAAGAGCUUCUUUAGCUGCCUGGAAUGCUCAAAACACUUUUACAACAUGUCGAAAAAUGUCGAAAAAGAAGUGCAUACCCACAACGAAGCGAUACUUUGGCUUUGGCGUGCUCAUAAUAAGGUCAACAAGCGACUUAGUAAGGAACCCAGCACCGACCCCCAUUUUCCAAAAAUUGCAUACCCACCAAAAGACCUUUGCAUCGAGUGCUCUGAUGAUAGAAAGGGACAUAAUAAUACAUGGAAUGAUAGCCCUAGUACAUGGAGGGAUAAUGUUGUAUUGAACUAUCUCAAAGUGCACUAUAGUGUGCACAAUAUACGGCUGUCUGAAUCGGAGGAGACGCCAGAACCUGACAGAGUAAGAUAUAUUAGUGGUAACGAGUUCGUUCGUGUUAUAGGGUUCGGCAUGACCUAUUUUGACACUAGUUUAUGUGUGAUUGUCUAUGGCACUGGAGUGGUAAUUUUAGUCAUGUUGUAUAUUUAUAUACUAAGGCGGCGAAGACGAGGUGUCAAACACUUCUCGCAUAUGGCUUAGGACAGUCAUUAAGAAUUUUAGAAGAACUAUGUACAGAAAUGUCAGUGAACUCAAAAACAUGAAACCCUUUUUAACACAACCACAACUGAUUGGCUCCCUCAGCAGUGACUCUGAGGCAUAUAGUUACUGCUCAGACUGCUUUGAGCAGUCACUAUUGCUUUUCCCAAAAAAUGGCUGAAAAUCACUAAAUUAUUUAUGCAAAUUAUAUUCAUAAAAUAAGCAUGUGUAUUAGUUGUAUUUAUAAAUAAAACUUUCUCAAUUCUGAAAUUAUACUAAAAACAAUUAGUUGCCUCAGGCUCGGUGAUUACAAACCUAUAUGAACUUCGCCUUUGGCUCAGUAAAUAUAGGCUUCUAAUCACCUCUAACCACCCUACCUAGCUUUUGGCCACUGAAAUCACGGACCCUAAUCUGUUUAAAGCUUGCUGCUCGCCAGCCGAUCCAGGUACUCAUUUUAAGUCUAUUUCAAGCCAAGUUCCAGCUCUUUCUGAGUAAAAUGUACAAGGCAAGAUUAUUUAUAGCAUACAUCUCAAACUCAUUAAUAAUUCAUGAGCAAAUUAGCGAAUGAACUCACCCUAAUUCGUCACAUGAUUGAGGUUGGAUACCGCAAGGAAACAAGCUAAAAAUCAUAUACCAUCACUGUUGUUAGAUGAAAAACGGUUUUCAUCUAAUAACUGAGAUCCUAAUUACAAAUUCAAGUCAAAACACAACAAUAUACUAUAAUAAUAUAUAUAAGCCAAUGAAAUGUUUUCGUUUGAGAUGUUGUGUAAACAACUAGCUCGUUUCUCGUGUUUCAUCAGGGGACCAAACACUCGAAAACAAUAAAACACUCGCGCUUCGCGCUCGUGUUUCAUACAGUUUUCUCGUGUUUGGAUCCCCUGAUGAAACACUCAAACUCGUUGUUUACAUAUAACAUAUCAAUUGUAUAGUAACAGAAUUGUAUAGAUGAAGGUAUUUAGAAAAAGUUAUAAUAUAUAUAGAGUAUUAAUGUUGAGUGAACAGGUCCGGACUAUAGAGUUUUAGCUUUGAAGGA